AUCUUAGGGUUUGCGAAGGGCUUUUCUAGGGUUAGGGUUUCUGCUGCUGAGAGUGAGAGGGAGAGAGGGACGCGGCAGCAGCUCCGGCCAAUCAAGAUGGUGAAGUUUCUGAAGCCGAAUAAGGUCGUGAUCGUCUUGCAGGGCCGAUUCGCUGGCCGGAAGGCGGUCAUCGUCCGUUCGUUCGACGAUGGGACCCGCGACCGCCCGUACGGACACUGCCUCGUGGCUGGGAUUGCCAAGUACCCGAAGAAGGUGAUCCGAAAAGACUCUGCGAAGAAAACGGCCAAGAAAUCGAGGGUGAAGGCCUUCAUCAAGCUUGUGAAUUACAACCACAUCAUGCCGACGCGUUACACGCUCGACGUCGAUCUCAAGGAUGUCAUCACCAUCGAUUCCCUCCAAUCCAAGGACAAGAAGGUGACCGCCGCCAAGGACACGAAGGCCCGUUUCGAGGAGCGGUUCAAGACAGGCAAGAACCGUUGGUUCUUCACCAAGCUCAGGUUCUAGGAGGAUGCGCUGGGAUUCCCGCCGGGGUGAGGGAGAGGUCGUUUCUAUCCGCUUUUUCUUCUGUUGGGUUGAGUUUGGACUCUGUCUUUUUUUGUUUUGUUUAUCAAUCAUGUUAGAUUGGGAUCAUUUGAUGAAAACUUUAAUUUUGAGCUUAGUUUAUAUGAUCGUUGGAUCGAACCAAUGGAUAUUUGAAAUGGGUUUUUGUUAUCUUAGAUUGCUGAA